GCGGGGCCUGCCGCAGUCGCCCGCAGCCGCGCCGCGCCGUGCGCCCCAGGUACCCGGCGCGGGGGCCGCGGGGUGGGCAGGGGGCGGAGGCGCGGCCGCGGCUCCUUCUCUCCCGGCCGCGCCACGCCGAGUCCCCACACGCCGCCGGCAGCCGCGUCCGCCCAGCCGCGGGCUCCCCGCGCCGGCUCCCAGACCUGCCUUCCCGGCCCGGGGCUCGUGCGCUCGAGCCCGGGCCCCCCACCCACGGGCCCUGCCAUCCUAAGCGCUUACGAAUUCCGAUCUGACGCGACUGUGCUCCGCCACCCGCCCGCUGGGAGCCUCCCCCCGGCCUGAAACCCCCCCCCUCCAGCCCCUAAUCCCAAUCGGCGCCCCCGCGCCAGGCUCCCCGCCCUCUCCCUGCCGGGGGCGCUCCGCUCUUCAUCCGGUGCCCCCCGCCCAAACUUCCCACCUGCAUCUCAGACGAUCCCCAAACCCGUCUCCAGCCUCCGGGUGGUCGUUGUCCCUGGACCUAGCGCCCCUUCCCUCAAGCCCCUCCAUCCGUGGGAGGUCUGUUCUCAGCGAGUCUCAGCUCCACCAGGCCCCAAGCCCCACCACGACCCUCGGGAACCUUCUGAAGUCCUCGUCCACCGUCCUCCGCUCCCAUGAUCCCAGGACCCGGCCCCACCAACAGCACCCCAGACGGGGGGUCCCGGCCGCCGUCGGAGCCCGGCGGCAGCGGCUGGGUGGCGGCCGCGCUCUGCGUGGUCAUCCUACUGACCGCCGCGGCCAACGCGCUGCUCAUCGUGCUCAUCUGCACGCAGCCCGCGCUGCGCAACACGUCCAACUUCUUCCUGGUGUCGCUCUUCACGUCGGACCUGAUGGUGGGGCUGGUGGUGAUGCCGCCCGCGAUGCUGAACGCGCUGUACGGGCGCUGGGUGCUGGCGCGCGGCCUGUGCGUGCUUUGGGCCGCCUUCGACGUGAUGUGCUGCAGCGCCUCCAUCCUCAACCUUUGCCUCAUCAGCCUGGACCGCUACCUGCUCAUCCUCUCGCCGCUGCGCUACAAGCUGCGCAUGACGCCCGUGCGCGCCCUGGCGCUGGUGCUGGGCGCCUGGGGCCUCGCCGCGCUCGCCUCCUUCCUGCCCCUGUCGCUGGGGUGGCACGAGCCGGGCCAGGUGCGCGCGCCCGCCUCGGGCCAGUGCCGUCUGCUGGCCAGCCUGCCCUUCGUCCUGGUGGCCUCGGGGCUCACCUUUUUCCUGCCAUCGGGCGCCAUCUGCUUCACCUACUGCAGGAUCCUGCUGACGGCUCGCAAGCAGGCCGUCCAGGUGGCUUCGCUCCAAACCGGGGCUAGCCAGGCGGUGGACACGCUGCAGGUACCCAGGAUCUCGUACCCAGGCUCAGAGUCAGGGGACAGCAGGCGCCUGGCCACCAAGCACAGCAGGAAGGCCAUGAAGGCCAGCCUGACCCUGGGCAUCCUGCUGGGCAUGUUCUUCGUGACCUGGCUGCCCUUCUUCGUGGCUAACAUCGCCCAGGCGGUGUGCGGCUGCAUCUCCCCAGGCCUCUUCGACAUCCUCACGUGGCUGGGCUACUGUAACAGCACCCUGAACCCCAUCGUCUACCCGCUCUUCAUGCGGGACUUCAAGCGGGCCCUGGGCAGGCUCCUGCCGUGCGCCCACUGUCCCCGGGAGCAGCGGGCCAGCCCGGCCUCGCCGUCCAUGCGCGCCUCCCACAGCGGCGCCCGGCCGGGCCUCAGCCUGCAGCACGUGCUGCCUCUGCCCCUGCGCCCCGACUCCGAGUCCGAAUCCUGCUCGGGCGUCUCCUCUGGCCUGCAGCCCGCGGCGCACCUGCUGCUGCCAGGCCAGGCCGCCCGCGAUCCCCCGCUGCCCGCCAGGGCCGCCGCCGCCACGGUCAGCUUCUCCAGCAUCCAUCCCGCCGAGCCCGAGCUGCUGCGGCUGCCCCCGCCCGGGACCCCCACGGACUGACCCUCGGGGAGCUGCCUGGGACGGGGCUGAGCCGUGGGAGCCUCAGGCCAGGCUGUGGGUGUUGGCGGGGGGUGGGGGGGAGCCCUCAGCACGCCACGGAGGGUGCACAGUGCCAGCUUCUGCCACCAGCUCCAGGCCCGCCACCUGGAAGGCUAAUAACUGAUCUCGUUUUCUCUGGGAAGGUCCAUCGAUGGGGUCAACUGGUGCUGGCCAGAGGCUCCGAGAGGGCCGCGGACCUCUUGGUCUGGGGUGGCUGCAGGCCACCUGUGCAUGUCCCGGCCAGAGGCACAGGAGGGUCCCACCACCUGCAGAGUGGGGCCCCGGCAAGGUUUGGCCCCUUCUCCGAGUGUUGCCCGUCACACCAGCAUCGUCUCCCAGAGUUUGUUAAAAACGUUCCCUGCAGCCUCUCCCAGAGCGCCAGAAUCCGCCAUGGCUCACCUCCUGGACCUGGGGGAUGAACAGUGGCUGCCUGGGCCAGCAGAACCCAGUUGAAUGCCUGAGCCUCGUGGCCCCAAGCCCCUGCAGGCAGUCUGCUUUACUUGGGGUGGGGUGGAGAGGCUCUAGUACCCCCCGUUUGUCUGCCUUCGGUUCCUGUCCACGGAGACCUCCGUCCCUCCCUCUUUCCUCUGCUCCACACUGGGGGGCUCUGUCGCUCUCCUUGGUGCUGACCAGACACGAUCCUGGCCCUGGCCGCUGACUACAGCAGGGCCGUGGUGCUUGCUGGGGCCUCCCCUCUGCCCCCAGGUCUGCU